AUGAGUGCGGGCUCUAUUGAGCAGGAACCGACACGCAAGCUGGCUUGCUGUGGGGUCCCCCUCAUCACGGAGGACAUGCAGUCACUGGCCAUCCGCACGCUGUCCGGCACGGACAUCAACAAACACUAUGACCUCAUCCGCGAGCUGGGAAAAGGGACCUAUGGCAAGGUGGACCUUGUUUCCCACAAGAGCACAGGUGAGCUCAGCAGUGCCCUCUGCUGGUAGAGUCCAAGCAAGAGAACACCCAUGCCUUAGGUCAGGUGUGAGGGACCAUUGUCCCUCCAGGUGUUGCUGAUCUGCAGCUCCCAUCAGGUUGGUCAUUGACCAGGGAUGAUGGGGUUUGUAGCAAUAUCUGCAGGACCACACAUUCUCCAUACCUGCCUUAUGUACUCCUGAGAUACCUGGCUCCUGAAGCAAAUACCUCUUCCACCUGUAUGUUUCAUUUAAAGCAACCUGAGGGCCACAUUCCCUUCUGGGCAAUAUUCCAGGGGCCACAUUCCAAUGGUGGGGCCAGAGUCAAAUGUGAGCAGAGCAGUGAAUCUAAACAUUACCUUUGUACAGCUCUCUAGAUCAGGCUUCCUCAAACUAGGCCCUCCAGAUGUUUUGAGACUACAAUUCCCAUCAUCCCUGACCACUGAUCCUACUAGCUAGGGAUCAUGGGAGUUGUAGGCCAAAAACAUCUGGAGGGCCGAGUUUGAUAAAGUCUGGUCUAGAUUCUAUGCACCCUCAAUCCAAUUCACCCUGCCCUCUCUCAGGGAUUGACCAUAACACAUCCCACAACCUGUGGGGAACCUUCAGCCCUAUCAAAAGUUCCUUUCCAGUUAUCACAAUUGCUCCAUCAAGGCGGUAAACUCUGAAAUCAUUUUGUUGUGCUUUCGUAAGUCAAAGUGAGUGACAUCCUGAGCAUUCUCUGUCCUUCCUCCCACUUCUCCCUCCCCAUUUACAGGCACCAAGAUGGCGCUGAAGUUUGUCAACAAGAACAAGACGAAACUGAAGAACUUCCUGAGGGAGUUCAGCAUUACCAAUACACUCUCCUCGAGCCCCUUUAUCAUCAAGGUCUUUGAUGUGGUCUUCGAGACGGAGGACUGUUACGUGUUUGCCCAGGAAUAUGCACCUGGCGGAGACCUCUUUGACAUCAUUCCGCCACAGGUAACUAGGCCUCAGUUCCACUGGCUUUUUGGCUGUCUGGGUCCCUCAGAACCCACACAUCCAAAGCGCUAUGAUGCCUCGUUAAACAGGCAUGGCUUCCCUCUAAGAAUUCUGGGAGCUGUAGUUUGUUAGAGCGUUAAGAGAGCUCUAUUCCACUCCCAGAGCUGCAAUUCUCAGAGCGGUUUAACAAUCGAUCCCAGGAAUUGUCUGAACCCUUAUAGCCCAACUUGAGCACUGAGAUCAGCUUCAGGAGAAUCGUUGGUCAUUCCCCGAGUUGACAAGGCUCACUUUGAUAACAACAAGAAAUGGAGCCUUUAGAGUCAUUGAGUGUUCUUUUUUUUUUUUUAAUGAUGUUUAUUGAGAAUUUUAAAGUUACAUAAAAAAGAAGAAAGAAAAGACAAGAAAAGGAGAAAAAGAGAGAAAGAAGUAGAUAAACAUAACAAUUAAACAAUACAGAUCAAUAAAAACCAGUGUAAAAUAAAAUAACAAAACACACAAUACAUCUAAAUCAAAAAACAAGAAUAAACAAACAAUUAAAAAUCAAAUCUAAUAUUCCCAAAUCCUUAACUUUCAUUAACUUAUUUCAACGACCUCCUCACACCUCCCUUUUUUGUAUUCUAGUUAUUAAUUACCUCAGCAAAUCCUUCCCAUCUUUCACAAUAUUCUGUCAUUUAAAUUACUUUAAUCUAUUUUAACCUUAUCUUACCUAAAAAACCCUAAAACUUAAAGCUUAAAACUUAUAUAUACCAAAUUCUUUUAACCAUAACAUAUUCUUUCAUAAUUCUUUUUGACAUUUCUGCUAAGGCCAAAUAAUUUCAUUCCAACAUUUUUCUAAUACUCAUUAAUUUUACAAUACUUUUCUAAAUAAAUUUUGAAACUUUCUUCCAAUCUUCAUCCAUCGUCUCUUCUUCCUGGUCUCGGGUUAUGUCAGUCCUUUCUCGUUUAUCUAAUCCAUCAACCUGGUGCUCUUAUGUCCGAGGCUCUUAAAUCUUUUCCAUGCCCCUUCUGCAGAUCUUCUUCUUGUUUAUACCUGCCCUUUACUUUAUCUUUUGUUGAUCUUUUUCUUAUUUUCUUUCCUUUCUCAUUGGGGAGUAGAUCUCGGGAGGACUCCAAUCCAAAAGUAUCUCCAUCUCCAUCUCUCCUCAGCAGAUCAGCCCAUUCCCCACAGUCCCAUUGCCCACAGUCAACACUGUAAUCCAGAAAGUAUUUAAAAGCAUAUUUCAAAGUCUUUCCAAAAUUAAGAGCCCUCACAACUCCAAACCCCCCCUGGGCCACUCCAGAUUCGAACUUCGAGAUCAGCGGCUUAUACUCCUGCAAGGUCUCGGGUCUCUCCAUUUGUAUUAUUUGAGGUUCAACAACAACCUCCUCCAUUUUCUUCUGCCCUUGCGCUUGCCCUAUCAAAACAGAUUCCUGGGCUGGUUCCUGAAUGAUUUCUAUAUGGGUAUUCGCUGUUUGUCCAAAGUUUUUAACUGCAAAAGUCAUCAAAUCCAUCUUCUCAUGCAUCUGCUCCAGCAAAGCACUUGUCUUGCACAAAGCAAGCACCAAGACUUCUUGUAAACACAUUUUCCCCCCCAAGGUUAGAGUCUGGUCUCACGAUCCUAAUCAUACAGCUGUGAGGUCCCCAGAUCAGCUCCAGCAACAAAUUGACAAGCUCCCUCUAGAGGAGACAAUUUCUAUUUGUAUUCAUCUUUUAAAAGCAGGACCAACAAGGAAAAGUUACUUUCACUUUUCAAAUACUUUGUUUCUUUUGAUUGCAAGAAGCAACAUUGGAAUCAGUAUAUUUCUCUUUUUUUUCCUAUCUGUCAAAAGACGUUCCGUUCACAGUCGAUGAACUUUCCCCAUAAAUUUCUGUCUCUGACACCCCGUUCCCAGGUUUGAGACAGUGGAAAAUUUAUCUUUCUUUACUCUCUCUCCUGCAUGCUUAAACAGUCAAAAAUCCCCCUCUUUUAUCCUGCUUCCAAGAGGGGUUUUGGUGGUAAUGAAUGAAGGAAAUUUAGAACUUUAUGUACGACUUUCCAGACUUUAGCUUACAAAGUUUUUGCUUCAAUCUAUUUACAAAAAACGGGAGGCGGACUUCCUGUUUAGAACCUUCCCGUUUCGAUGCCAAAUUAAAAUAUUUCUUAAUACUUGAUCCAAUUUUCUGUUCUACUCACGGGUACUUGUUUAGAGUCCAAAUGUCCACAGGAAAAAGACAGCGCUCUCCAGCAACGGCUGUGCGGCUUCACUCCGUAAAAGUAGCGGUUGAUUCAAAACACCGCGCCACUCACCCCACGUCGCUUCGGACCCCCAAAAAAGGGUUUCCUUGCGAGUAGGGGAGGCGCUCCUGGUGUCAGCCAAAUCCCACGUUCCCAGGCUUCCUCCGCCUGGGAUUUUUAAAGGGUCUCCGCCUUCACCGCGGCGGCAAGACCCAAUUUUCACGGAGCAGGUUCCUCUCUGUCAGAGGAACUCCGCCAUUGCCGAUGGCGCUGUCCCGGAAGUCUAGAGUCCUUGAGUGUUCUUGGGAGGCCAUGUUUAUUCCUGGCGUUUCCUGAUGCCCUUUCCUAGCUGAUGGUAUCUCUCUCUCUACCUGCAGGUGGGGCUUCCUGAGGACAUGGUGAAGCGCUGUGUGCAGCAGCUUGGCCUGGCCUUAGAUUACAUGCACAGCAAAAACUUAGUCCACCGGGACAUCAAGCCGGAAAACGUCCUCCUCUUCGACCGCGACUGCCGGCGUGUCAAGCUGGCCGACUUCGGCAUGACGCGCAAAGUGGGGUGCCGGGUGAAGCGCAUCAGCGGGACCAUCCCGUACACGGCGCCCGAGGUGUGCCAGGCCGGCCGGGCCGAGGGCUUUACCGUGGACACUAGCAUUGACGUGUGGGCUUUCGGGGUGCUCAUCUUCUGCGUGCUGACGGGCAACUUCCCCUGGGAGGCAGCCUCAGCCUCGGACACCUUCUUUGAAGAGUUUGUGAGGUGGCAAAAGGGGCGCCUGGCGGGGCUGCCCUCCCAGUGGCGCCGCUUCACGGACAACGCGCUGCGGAUGUUCCAGCGCUUGCUGGCCCUGGACCCGGAGAAGCGCUGCCCUGUGAAGGAGGUCUUCUUCUUCAUCAAGUACGACCUGAUGUCGGAGGUGCGGCGCCGGCCCUCCUACCGCUCCCGCAAGCACACCGGAGACAAACUCUCCGCCGGCCCUCACCGCCACGAGACGCCCAGCACUUGCACCCCGACCCCCCUCAAGAGGACCAUCCUGACAGAAGGCAGCGUCUCCCGGCUGUCUGCCUCAGAGUCUGGCCUCCCUUCCCCCGGGGCAGGAAGCAGGACUGAUGGGCGGCAGGACAAAGGCAAAGGCCAGAUGGUCCUGGCCACAGCCAUCGAGAUCUGCGUCUGA